AAGUACAAGUUUCUGAUUUGCCUUUCUUCUUUGCUCUCUUUCUCCCUCUCGAUCUCUCCAAUAUUCCUUUUGAGAUUCACCAAUUUUCUCCCCUUCUCCCUCAAUUUUUUCCCCAAUUUUCGACCUCCUUUCUCAAAGCCGAAGCUUCCCCUUUUAUACAGAAACAGGGAGAACCCAAACCCUUUUCUAAUUCUAAAUUCUUAUCUCAAUCCCUAAAAUUACAGAUAAUAAUCUAGCCCUAUUAGAAUUUGAAAUUCUAAAACUAAUCUAAUUCUUUACACAUCUUCCCUCUUUUAAGGCUAGAUUCAUACCUUUAAAAUAUCAGGACUCCCAAUUUGAAUCGACUUCAAAACUUCCUCUGCGACUCUUGAUAACGGCUUCAAAUCCGAAAAUGUUGUUGUGAUCUAUCUAAACUUCAAGUGGAUUUGUAGAUAAAUCAAAAGAAUUUGGGAAUUUUGGGAGAGUGACUCACGGCAAGAAGAAGAACCAUGACACCCCAACGUUUUGGCCAAUCUCCCCUACCUGCCUAUGAACCAGCUUUCGACUGGGAAAAUGAGAGGUCAUUGAUAUUUGGCCAGCGGACUCCAGAGACCCCUGUGGUACACCAUAGCAGUGGAUUCAAGAUCUCUGUGAAAGUUCUGUCCCUUACGUUUCAAGCUGGAAUCGUUGGAAUCGUUGAUUUCUGACCUUGUUCCCUCUAUUUCUCUCAGAGCCAUUCUAUGGUACAAUUUCCUUAUACAAUAGGGAGAGAAGAGAAAAAUUGUCAGAAGAUUUCUAUUUUAGCGUUCUAUUUUUCUUUCUUACAUAAGAGACACCAAAAACAAUAAAAAAAUAAUUUUAAA